CACCCCGCCCCCCAAGUCUGCAAAACAUGCAUUGUGCGCUACCUGGAGACCAACAAGUACUGCCCCAUGUGCGAUGUACAGGUCCACAAAACCCGGCCGCUGCUGAGCAUCAGAUCUGACAAAACCCUUCAAGACAUCGUCUACAAAUUGGUCCCUGGACUUUUUAAAGAUGAGAUGAAACGGAGGCGGGAUUUCUAUGCAGCCUACCCCCUGACAGAAGUUCCCAAUGGCUCCAACGAGGACCGUGGUGAGGUUCUGGAGCAGGAGAAGGGUGCUCUGAGCGACGACGAGAUUGUCAGCCUCUCCAUCGAGUUCUACGAAGGCGUCAGGGACCGGGAAGAGAAGAAGGGCCCCCUGGAAAAUGGGGAUGGUGACAAGGAGAAAACAGGGGUGCGCUUCCUGCGAUGCCCAGCAGCCAUGACUGUCAUGCAUCUCGCCAAGUUUCUCCGCAACAAGAUGGAUGUGCCCAGCAAGUACAAGGUUGAGGUUCUCUAUGAGGACGAGCCGCUGAAGGAAUACUAUACCCUCAUGGACAUCGCCUACAUCUACCCCUGGCGGCGGAAUGGCCCUCUCCCCCUCAAGUAUCGCGUCCAGCCAGCCUGCAAGCGGCUCACCUUGCCCACAGCGCCCACCCCCUCCGAGGGCACCAAUACCAGCGGGGCAUCUGAGUGUGAGUCAGUCAGCGACAAGGCUCCCAGCCCUGCCACCCUGCCGGCCACCUCCUCCUCUCUGCCCAGCCCAGCCACCCCCUCCCAUGGCUCUCCCAGCUCCCAUGGCCCCUCGGCCCCCCACCCGACCUCCCCCACGCCCCCCGCAGCAGCCAGUGGGGCCACCACAGCUGCCAACGGGGGCACCUCGAACUGCCUGCAGACACCGCCUUCCACCAGCAGGGGGCGCAAGAUGACUGUCAACGGAGCUCCCGUGCCCCCCUUAACUUGAGGAAAGGGACCCUCUCCCUCCUUUUCCAGCUAUGCUUCUCCACCCCUCCACUUUUUCUGGGCCCCCUUUUCCACCUCUUCUACUCUCCCCAGCUCCCCCCACCUUAGGAGUCGGGGAUGGGUUUUAUAAAUAAAUCUAUAUAUAUAUAUGUACAUAGGAAAAACCAAAUAUACAUACUUAUUUUCUAUGGACCAACCAGAUUAAUUUAAAUGCCACAGGAGACAAACUUGAUGUGUGUGUGUAUGCGUGGGGGAUGGGGUGCUCAGUUUUAGGCGGUCUUGUGUAAUUUGCUCUGCUCUUUUUGGGGGUGCCUAGAGGUGGAUUGGUGGGGCCACUUGAGGCUCAGUGAAGCCCUGCCCCAUCCUUCUGUUUCCCAAGGCAUAUGCGGUGUUGGAGGGGCUCCCACCAACCCCCAAAGCUUUAGGCACGACUCGAACUGGCUGUGUAUGAGGUCCACCCUGCUUCUCUCCCCAUCUUGGCUGCUGUCCUGCCCUGACCAGUACUCUCCCCCCAACCAUUGUUGAAUGUCCAGAGAAUUGCUAAGACAGUGCCUUUUACAAAUGCAGCCUAUCCCCUGGUUCUGAGGAGCAAGUGGGCAGUGGAGAGGGCAUCUCCCUUACCUCCUCCUCUUGCAAUAGAAACUUUGUGUAAUAGAUAGUUCUGCCUUUUUUUUUUUUUCCCGUGUGUGUGGCCUUUGCAUCAUUUAUCUUGUGGAAAAGAA